AGCAAAAAGUUACUAGAAAUUAGUUGUCUGUUGAAAUGUCUUUUCUUAGAUAAAGAUGUAAAAAAAAAAUCCAAAACACGGUAGUGAUAUGAAUGUUAUUUAGUACUGCGAUCUUGAAUUAUAUGAUCUUACAUCCAAAGACAGCAUGGGGAGUUAUAGAAAAUGUAUUAUGACUGGUUUUAUUUGCAGACUUUGUUCUGAGCACAAAAGUAUUGUAAUACAUUUAUACAGUCACAGAGCAAAAUGUUUGGGACUCAUUGAAAAACUGAGCCUACUACCAAUUUCUAUCAAAGUAACAGACAAGCUUCCCAAAACCAUAUGUGAAUCAUGCAUAAGAAAUGUCUGUCGUCAGUAUGAAAUGGUUCAGCAAAUGACCAGAAACAUAGAGAUUGUGGUGAAGCAUAGAAAGUAUCAUGUAAAUGGUGAAUGUCCAGAUGAUUGUCCUUUAAAAGGUGCAAAAGCACUUGCUAAUUCUGUUGGAAGAUCUGAUCCAGGACCAAGUAACAGACCACCAGGUGAUCCUGAUUCAAGACAAGAACCUUCAGAAAAUAAAGCUGUAAAUCCAUGAAGCUUUAAGUGAAGGUCUUUUGUCAGGAAGCAAUUAUUUAAUUAAGAAUAUUCUUUAGUUUGUUUAAAAAAAUGUAUAUAUAAAAUUAGACCAAAAUAUUAUGCUGUAAUUGGUUUCCAUAUGAAAUUAGAAUUAUGUCAGGUUUUAUUUCUUUAUUUAUUAAUUAAUAUGUUGUAAUAAACAUUCUUUAUAGACGUAA